AUAAACAUUAAAUGUGACACACAAUCUGAUGGUUACUUUUUCAUAUUUGUUUGUCAAACAGGUAAUAUCUCAUUUAUACUGUUUUAAUCGUUUCUCCAGGGCAACUAACAUGUUUACCUACCGAAAUGUCUUCUAAAUGAGUGCAUUUGUUAGCUGUAGAUCUUCUCUGCCUGCAACAAUGGAACCUUCUCUUCCCUACACUGACAUCCUGCAGCAGAACCAUACGUUCCUGAAAGAGAUUCUUGAUGUGGGACCAGUUCUAGAGGGAUUAUACACAGGACAUAUCUUUACACUGGAAGACUAUGAGACGUGCAAGUCGAAGCAGACUGUAUCUGAGAAAAUUGAAAUGUUACUGUUGAUACUGAGAAGGAAGGGGCCGAACGGAUACGUGUAUUUUCGUGAUGUUCUGGCAACGUCACAACCACACGUUAAGAAACGGCUAGACGAAACCAAAAAGAAAACAGGACAUAUGAUGCAACGGGAGCAACAGAAAGAGCCUUUUGAUGAACUCAAGGCUACAUCGCACGUGAAGAUCCUGAAACGCAAUUCUUCCUUCCUGGUCAAAAACCUGGAGCUGAAGCCAAUUCUUGACAAAUUGUACGAGCUCAAAAUAUUCUCUGAGGAAAACAAGCAGGACUGUAAUUUAAAGGAGGGGACACCUUCUCAGAUUAAAGAGCUUAUCUCAAUCCUCGAAAGGAAAGGAAGAUCAGACUUUGAUUCCUUCCUUCACGUACUGGGUGAGAUUCAACCCUUCAUUAAAGAUCAUCUAAAGGGACUAGAGGACACGACCACUGCAACAGACACGCUCGUUUUCAAACAGAAAGCUAAAAUAAAGGAACUCGAAGGGGAAAAUGACAUCCAGAAGAAGCAUAUUGCAAGUUUGCAAGAAAUGAUAGAACCACUCCAGGAGUCUCUUGUGCAACUAAGGAAAGAGAAGGCUGACAGUGAUAGGGAAAGACAGCUGCUGAAGCAGAGGAAUAAAUAUCUUGAAGGGGUGCAAAACUUGUCUAGAGAUGAAACCCCUGACAGAGAACGUAUCAAAAGCUUACUUGGAUCCCUUUCAAAUAUGGGUCUUUCCCACAAUGUCACACCUCAUCUGCUGAAGUCGAAUGCAGUGGACAACACCUUUGUUCUACAAUGUAUACAUCUGAAGUAUGACAAAGACAGAGUCAAUCCCGACUACGUCCACAUCAACACAGAAGGAGACCUGGUCAACAGGAAGUCGGACACCAGACCUGCAGGGGAGGGGAGACUGAAGAAGUACAGGGGCACAUGUAGCACUGCCCCCCUCCCUCGGGCUGGCUGUCCCCAGUACUGGGAGAUGGUGUCUAGGGUCAGUCUGGACAAACCACUCACAGAGACCAACCUCAUCCUGGAGGUGGGUGUAUGCUGGGGGGAGCAGAGGGACGUGUCUCAUUGUAUCAAUGCACUACCCAGUUCCUACUGCAUGCAGGUCGCCCACUGUACUACACACGGCGGGAUAUGCAGACAGACAUGGAAGGAGGAGAAGCGUGUGGUGUGUCUGCCUGACACUCUCCCCAACACAGCAGGGUCAUCACACACACUACAUUACGGUGUUGUCUAUGAUGACGCCACGAAGAAGAUUGUCUUCAUUGAUGUGAAGGAGAACAAAGUGAUGUCGACGUUAGACAAUGUAGACUCCAGUCAGCCACUGUGGCCGAUGUUCGGGGUGUAUAUGCCCUUAUCGGGUAAUGUCAGCAUGACACUUGUAGUGGGCAGCGACAUCAACAUGACAGAGGAGAAGAAAGCAAUGAUUGUCAAGGCACUGUCGUGACGGAGACAAUGAUUGCCAGGGCACUGUCGUGAUGGUGACAAUGAUUGUCAAGGCGCUGCCGUGAUCGUGACAAUGAUUGUCAAGGCGCUGCCGUGAUGGUGACAAUGAUUGUCAAGGCACUGUCGUGAUCGUGGCACUGAUUGUCAAGGCACUGUCGUCAUGGUGGCAAUCAUUGCCAAGGCGCUGUCAUGAUGUCGUGGCGUGAGAGAGGUGGUCGUGAUGGGGAUAAUGAACAAACAGAGACAUAGAUAUUUACUACUCAGAAACAACUACAUCACAAUCAAAUAAAUUAUAUGUGACGGAAGGCUUUCAGUAUGAGCUGACGGUAUAAGAUAUCGUCGUGUAUCCAUGUAGUGGCCAUGUAUUCUACUCACAGUUAAAAACAAAUGUCAUUGAGAAUUAUGAAUAUUCAAUAUGAAAUAGAUAGUAUUUUUUAAUUACCGACAGCCAAUCUGAAGGCGACACAUAUCCCAUGUUACCACACAAGAAUGAAAUAGCUGAAGCGUUCGUAAAAUGCAUGAGAUUAACAAUUUUGAGAGGCAGAUAGUGACAACAAAGUUGAAUACAAUAUGUUUUGAUUUACUAUGAAUAAAAGACGAUUGGGGGAUCUCAAUUGGGUGUCCUAUGUACGCACUUAUUAUUAUUAUUUAACAUGGUCGCGCUUUGAACAAUAAUUUUGACACGUUUUGUUUGUUUAGUGCGAGCGACACUGUCUCUUAUAGGAUUCCAUAGGUGACAAAGACAUGUUUUUGCAACAUUCAACAAUACUGAUUCAAUGAAAUACGAGUGAAAAUGUUUACAUUAUUAUUCAAUGAAUCAAUGUAUUUUUGCACCCGAGAUAUAUAUUACAUGAAUUAAAUCAGUAGAGCUAUAUCGAAUGUUGAUCUCUUAAAGAUGUAAUGUACGUGAUCUCUACACUUGAGCAGCAAGCAUUUCUAAAAGUCCCCUGAGAUUGAUACACAGCCUGUUAAUGUAAUUCACGUAUUAUCAAUAUACUCUGAAUUGAACAUAUAUAUCAAUACUUUGGUAAUGAAUCAUCUCAUGAAAGGUAUGAUCUACUCCAUACUGAUGUGGAUAUAUUGUUUCGGGGUCGUCCCAAUAGCCCGGCUGGUGGAUAGGUUUGGAUAGGUUUACCCCGUGUUGUUUCACGCAUCAACAUUAAAGAGUGGCCGACUCUAAUUUGUUUCUAUUGUCCAGUUAAUACAUCAACUUGUUAAACACACAACCUGAUGAAAGAAUAAGCAUAUACCCC